GGCUAGAGGGAGGAUCGUUCAUAAGUCUCAGUUUAGGUGCAUCAGCAAUACAAUUGGUAGGUGUCAUAUUCUAUAAAGCAUGUUGAGUCUUCACCGGGGAGACUUUCACCUCUCUAAUGUUAAAUAUAUGGCUGCUUCCUGUAGAGAUAUCUGCUUCAAUAGGUUCUCUAUAAAUUCUUUGUAACUGCCUAUUUAAAAAAUAAGGGUGAAUGAAGAAUUUUGAGGAUUUAAAGAGUAUCUGAAGGAAUCUGCCCACAAUGGGUAUUUGUUGGUAGAAGGAAACUAAUACUGUUUUAGAUGAAUAUAAAAUCAAACGUUCAAGAGAAAAACAAGAGCAGGCAAAACAAGGCAUUAACGUGCCCAAAGAUCAACCUUUCGUACCAUUUGGAAAGCUAAGCAAUAUACUUUAUGUUCUUGAUUCAGUUAAAAAGAGGAUUCCUCACUCGAAUAAGUUGCAAAAGAGGACCGAAAAGGUCAUAAAUACAAUGAAAAUUAAGAAACAUCCUUGCCUCUAUGGCAAAUAAACCUAGAAGAACACUUAAAAUCUUAAACAAAGAAGAAAGCGAUUCUGAAGAUGAAAAUAUUUAUCUUAACAGAUCCAAAGUUGACAAAGACAUGAGAAAGAGAUCUGAUUCGUUGCUUUCUUCUAAGCCAAAAACCAGAAGACAAAAGCAUGCUGUUUAUGGGCUUGUAAAAGAAGCCAACGGUAGAUACAAAAAAAUCGCUAUCAAGCACUCGAUGAGUCCUAAAAUUAACACUGAUGAUUAUAUUGUGUUUUCUUCCUAUCAAAAUGGUUCGAAAGCACUCAAAUAGCGAAGUAAAUAUGUCUCUCAAGAGACUUAAUGCUGCUAUACACGGCAGCUGUAGUCCAGGAAGGCUUAAAAAGACCGAUGACCAAUUUUAUACAGAUAAUAAGUUAAAUUUCCUGCUUAAAAAGAGUUCACAGCUUAACAGAAUAAUGAAGCACAACCAAGAGUUAACAAUGAACAUUCUAGAUUACGAGACAAAUCCUAAAGACCAAGAAGAAGCUGAAAAAAAACCAGAAAUAGUGAGAAAAUUCAACAAAAGCACUGAAUCAGCCUUAGGGAAGACCGCAACUUAUGUUACAAAGCCGACCAACAUCAGUAGGUUCAACGAAAACUCGAGGACAAAGACUAACCAGGGCUUGGCUAAAACCAAAUUGCUCUAAAUAACUCAAGUGAAAUCAACUAUUACAAGCUUCUAUCCAAUAACCUAAUCUCUAAAUCUCAAAGCCGGGACUCUCCGAAAGGUUUCUACUCAAAAACCUCAAAAAUAAAUUCUCCUGAAAAAGCUAGCCUUAACAUUGAGAGGAAGUAUAACCCUCGUAGGACCAAAGCUACCUUGGAUAGCUAUACAGCGACUAGUCGGAAGACCUCGAACCAGAUUCCUUCAAGUGCAUUGUCAAGGUCAGCUCUUAAGAGUAAAUCUAAGGAAACUCCUCAAAAAGAUAACUUUAACAAAAUGUUUUACAAUAAAUCUCAAGAAUCAAGCAGAGAGAACCCUUUUCAGUUAGAAGAAGAUACUUCAGCAAGAGCAGUGCACGGAAACUUCUGUGUAAGGAACAAAGAAUCUGAAGAGACCAGACUGGGUGAGGAUACUGUAGUUAACCUCAAGAACCAACUCAUCAGGUUUCACAGAAUUAGAUAUCAGAAAGGAGAUGAACUGUUGAAUAAAUUGGAUUAUCUUAACAGAGAAGACCUGGACAAGUCUAGGGCUCUCAGAAUCACAAAAUAUAACACAUAAUUUAUCU